AAUACAAUAGCCAUGUGUCAACUUACACAGCUGUUGGAUUUUUCUUGAUGUAAUUAUAAGAAGGAAAAACAAACUAUUGAGUUUGUUAGGUUUUAUAAUUUUUAACAAUGUCCGAGGCACUGGAACAACAAGCAGACGAGCGAGAGGCUUUAUCAUCCAUUUACGAGGGAGAUGAUGCUUUUAAGGAAAUCGAUGCCACCACAUUUCAAUAUAAAUAUGGAGAAGAUGACAACUUCAAAUCGUUUCUAGUGGAAAUAAAGUGGCAUGAAAAUUAUCCAAAUGAACUGCCUACCAUAAAUAUGGAUACAUUUUAUAAUCGGAAUUUAAUUCCUGCAGUUAAAGAGAAAAUACAGGCGGCUUUACGCGAGGAAGGUGAACAAUGGCUGGGCUGUGGUAUGACCUACACAUUAUUUGAGUGCCUCAAAGAACGUAUGGAAGAAUUAACUAGUGAGCAACCUGAACAUGCUAUCACUCAAUCUAUAGAUCUGGAUAAGAUAGGUGUAAGUGCAAUUCAAAUCUCAGACAACACGGAUGCAUCCAAAAAAGAGGUCAAGAAAGAACAACUGACCAAAGCCCAGAAAAGAAGGCAAUGGGAGAGGGCAGACCAUAAGGGUGAUCGACCUCGUGGUUGGGAUUGGGUUGAUAUAGUCAAGCAUUUGUCACAGACGGGCUACAAGGAGGAGCAAAAGGCUAGUGCCGCCGCAAAUGCUGCAGCGGCUGCCACUGCUCCAGUACUGCAUCCUUUGAAUGGAUAGUGUUUAUAUACCUAACCAAUGGCUUGUAAUAACCCGCUGCCUCGUUUUUAUUAUAAGUUUUAUAUAUAAAUUAUAUUUUGUAAAAUUGAGAUGAAAAAAUAUACAAACGUAUUUGAAAGUAUAA